AUGUUUUUUGUCAGAACGCUUAAGAGAAGCUCCAUUUUAGUGGUCCUUUUUGUUGUCCUCAAGCAAAGACAUGUUCUAUACAAAGUAUUUACUACUCUCAUUCAACUUUUUCUUUUUCAAUCUUUCUGUAUAUUAUUUUUUAAUUUUUAUACUUUAUAUUUAAUUUCUUUUCCUCAUUCUCUCCCAAUCAUUUCUCUUCCUUUCUUUUCCCCCACUCUCUCCCAAUCAUUUCUCUUCCUUUCUUUUCCCCACUCUCUCCCAAUCAUUUCUCUUCCUUUCUUUUCCCCACUCUCUCCCAAUCAUUUCUCUUCCUUUCUUUUCCCCACUCUCUCCCAAUCAUUUCUCUUCCUUUCUUUUCCCCCACUCUCUUCCAAUCAUUUCUCUUCCUUUCUUUUUCCCCACUCACUUUUAAUCCUUUCCCCACUCUCUUCCAAUCAUUUCUCUUCCUUUCUUUUCCCCCACUCUCUUCCAAUCAUUUCUCUUCCUUUCUUUUCCCCCACUCUCUUCCAAUCAUUUCUCUUCCUUUCUUUUCCCCACUCUCUCCCAAUCAUUUCUCUUUCUUUCUUUUCCCCCACUCUCUCCCAAUCAUUUCUCUUCCUUUCUUUUCCCCACUCUCUCCCAAUCAUUUCUCUUCCUUUCUUUUCCCCCACUCUCUUCCAAUCAUUUCUCUUCCUUUCUUUUCCCCCACUCCCUACCAAUUGUUUCUCCUCUUCCUUUCCCCACUCUUUCAGUCAUUUCUCUCUUUCUUUUUCCCCACUCACUUUGUCAUUUCCCCACUCCCUACUAAUCAUUUCUCUUCCUUUCUUUUCCCCCACUCCCUACCAAUUGUUUCUCCUCUUCCUUUCCCCACUCUUUCAGUCAUUUCUCUCUCUCUCUUUUUCCCACUCACUUUCAGUCAUUUCCCCACUCCCUACUAAUCAUUUCUCUUCCUUUCUUUUCCCCCACUCUCUUCCAAUCAUUUCUCUUCCUUUCUUUUCCCCCACUCCCUACCAAUUGUUUCUCCUCUUCCUUUCCCCACUCUAUCAAUCAUUUCUCUUCCUUUCUUUUCCCACUCUCUUCCAGUUUUUUUCUCUUCUUGCUCUUUUUCUCUUGCCAUCUUUCUCCUUGUCUUCCUUCUCCUUCAUUCCCUUUCUUCGUUUUUUUCUUUUCCUCAUUCCUUCCCUUACAUCUUCCACUUCCUUAGAAAUGACCUGA